AGAUAACACAGUGCGGAGCUGGAGGAACACAGCAGGCCGUGCAGCAUCAAAGGAGCAGGAAAAUUGAUAUUUCGUGUCAGGACUCUUUUCAGUUCUAUGCUGAACACCCUGUAGUUUAAUAGAGCUGAUUGUUCUGAUUCAUUAGGUCGGGAGAAACUUCCUGCUGUGACCAUAGCAGUGUGUUGUUCAAAUAAUCAGUGUGCGGACCAAGGGGGCAUCGAUUCAAGUCCCACCUGUCUAGAGGAAUGUAAUGAUAUCACUGAAAAGGUUUAUGAUAGACUUAUCUCUAACCACCACUCUGAGCCAUUCCCAGUGAUCACCAUGCAGUUCAGAUAUCUGUUUUCAGUAUUUCUCUUUCUCCAGAGGGUUAUUGGUGAGAAUGUGUUGAUCUGGCCUGCAGAAGGCAGCCACUGGAUUAAUUUAAAACCGGUCAUUGAGGAGCUGAUAGAGAGGGGUCACAAUGUUACUGUGGUUGUAUACUCUUCUGCACUUUUCAUAAAACAUUCGUAUCCUUCAGUCGUGAAAUUUGAAGUGUUUGAAGUGUCAUUUGCCCCAGAAUCAUAUCAAGAUUUUCUGAAAGAAGGAACAGCAUUCUUCAUGUAUGAGAAACCGUCUUUAUCUUCCUGGGCUGCCUACAGAAGAUUCUCGGCAAUCAUAGCAAAUGGAACAAAACUGGCCAAGCAAAUCUGUGAUGGGAUAUUACAAAACCACAAACUGCAGCAGAAACUGCAGGAAGCAAAGUUUAAAGUUCUGCUGGCUGACCCUCUGCAUUUUUGUGGUGAUCUUUUGGCUAUGAAGCUAGGAAUUCCUUUUAUCUUCACUUUGAGGUAUUCUCCAGGAAUCACAGUAGAAAGACUCUGUGGACAAGUCCCAGCUCCUCCUUCUUAUGUACCUGCGACCCUGUCAGAGCUGUCAGAUAAGAUGACCUUCACUGAGCGAGUUCACAAUGUCCUUUAUUUUCUCAUGUAUGAUUGGAUGUGCGAUCAGAUGUGGGCUGAAUGGGACUCGUAUUACAGCGAAGAGUUAGAAGGCAGUCACUGGAUCAAUUUAAAACAUGUUAUGAAGGAGCUGAUUGAGAGGGGUCACAAUGUGACUGUGCUUGUACAUACAUCUACAGUUUACAUCAACUAUUCUGAGCCCUCACCCAUAACAUUUGAAGUAUUUGAAGUACCGUUUACCCGUGACAGCUACAAAGAUUUUUUUAAUAGCAUACUGCAUUUCUGGAUUUAUGAGCAGAACUUUUGUUCCUACGGGGACCUAUACAGAAGACUUAGAGAAAUAGUUGCAGCUGGAACAGAAUUUAACAGACAGACUUGUGAUGGUGUAAUAAAGAACCGCAAACUGCUGCAAAAGCUGAAGGCUGCAAAGUUCAAAGUUCUGCUGUCUGACCCUAUAAGUCCUUGUGGUGAUCUUCUGGCUAUGAAAUUGGGAAUUCCGUUCAUCUUCACUCUAAGAUUCUCCCUCGGAUCUUCAAUGGAGAGGUAUUGUGGACAACUGCCAGCUCCUCCUUCCUAUGUACCAGUUGUUAUGUCAGGAUUUUCUGAUAAGAUGACUUUUACUGAGAGACUUAAAAAUAUUCUGUAUAUGCAUUUAUGCUCCGUGGUAAACGACUGGAUCUGGCAUGGCUGGGACGUGUAUUAUAGUGAAGUUUUAGGUAAACCAACAACAUUCUGCGAAACAAUGGGCAAGGCUGAAAUUUGGCUGAUUCGGACGUAUUGGGAUUUUGAAUUUCCCCGCCCACUUCUGCCCAACUUUGUGUUUGUCGGAGGACUUCACUGUCGACCGGCAAAGCCACUGUCUCAGGAAUUGGAAGAAUUUGUUCAGAGCUCGGGAGAGCACGGCAUUGUGAUCUUUUCUCUGGGCUCAUUGGUUAAGAACCUUACAGCUGAGAAAGCCAACAUGAUUGCUGAAGCACUGGGCGAAAUUCCGCAAAAGGUUGUUUGGAGUUAUGCUGGUGAACAACCGAAGACGCUGGCAUCGAACACAAUGUUGUAUAAAUGGCUGCCUCAAAAUGACCUACUUGGACAUCCCAAGACCAGAGUAUUUAUCACCCAUGGUGGUACAAAUGGUAUAUAUGAAGCUAUUUACCAUGGGGUGCCAAUGAUCGGAAUUCCACUGUUUGCUGAUCAACCUGAUAAUAUGGCUCACAUGAAGGCAAAGGGAGCUGCUGUGGUUCUCAGUUUUGUUACAUUGAAUAAACACGAUUUAGUUAAUGCCAUCAACACGGUGAUCAAUGAUACAAGCUACAAAGAAAAUGUGUUAAAGCUAUCUCAAAUUCAACGUGACCAGCCAAUGAGUCCAUUGGAGAGAGCAGUGUUCUGGAUUGAGUUUGUAAUGCGCCACGGAGGAGCUCAGCAUUUGCGGCCUGAAGCACAUUCCCUGUCCUGGUACCAGUACCAUUGCCUGGAUGUGAUAGCAUUUCUGUUUAUUUGUUUAGUAAUCAUUCUAUUUGUUCUCAAAAAAUGCUGCAUGUUUUGCUGCCGAAAAUGCAGAGGUACAAGGGUAAAGAAAAACAAGACUGAGUAAUGGUUUUUAAUGCAUAGGAUGACAAACUUAUAACACCAUUUAAUUGCUUUGGAAUUUAUAUUGCGCGGGGUUAAAAUUACAUGGAUUCUAAAUAAGUCUUUAAUCAACACUAGUGUACAGGAAAACUCAUAUUAUUGACAAUUUCAACUUCCUACUGAAUCAUUCUUUGCACUCAAUUGGUACAUCUCAAAAUUUAAAUUGUAUCUAAAGAUCAUUGAUUUUCCGGGAUUGAGGGUUUAUUAGCAAUUAAUUACUAUCCUUGGAAAGAUGCUUGUGAUUCUUCUUACUGCAGUUUGUGUGAUAGAGAUAUCGGUGUUGGGUAGGGAGUUUCAGGAUUUUGACAGUGAUGAAAAAAGAAUCAAGGUAUUUACCAAGUUAGAAUGUUGUGUAGCAGUUUGAGGAUGAACCAGUUUAAAAAUCUUCCCAUUUAUUAAUUUGCACAGAGAUAUCUCUACAUCAGAACAAAGAAGCUGGCAGGAACUCUGGAAGAUAUAUGCAUUGUGCUCAAUGCUGUAACUGUUGAUAACAAGAGAAAUGUGUGAUCAUCACAGAUCGAAAUGUUGCACUGAAUUUGCCAGAAUAGGGCUUCCAAUUAUUCCCUCACUAGAAACUCCCAUCCAAAUAUUAUGGUUAGUUCAUGGUUGUCAUCACAGCUGCUCCUGAUGAAGGGUCUAGGCCCGAAACGUCAGCUUUUGUGCUCCUGAGAUGCUGCUUGGCCUGCUGUGUUCAUCCAGCCUCACAUUUUAUUAUCUUGGAGUCUCCAGCAUCUGCAGUUCCCAUUAUCUCUGCUCCAACCUAUGGCCUGGUUUCCACAGCCAAAAUAACUAACGGUGUGCUCUACAGGUUUUCCCAAUUUCAUGGUUUAAUUUGUGACGGGUUAAUUCAGAAGGCCACAACGUUAUCUUUCUGCAGCACUGAGCUAAGACCCUGAAUUGUAGGAACUGGGCAAGAGGCAAGAAGGAACUAGCUGUAGUAUUUGACAGAUUUUCAUCACUUCCACUAUGAGUACUUGGGGAUAAGGCAGGAACAGGUUACUGAUUGUGGAUGAUCAGCCAUGAUCAUAAUGAAUGGUGGUGCUGGCUCGAAGGGCCGAAUGGCCUACUCCUGCACCAAUUGUCUAUUGUCAAUUGCACUGAGCACACAUACACAACACCCACUCUCUCAAACAUAUGCACACGAAUAUAGUCUCUUGCACACACAUGUACACACACACUCAUCCGCACUCUCAAAUGCAAAAAAAUUGAAAACAUACACAUUCUCUCUCACACACACGCUCUGUCACACAGAGACACACACACACCCCGUCCAAUUAAUUGAUUUGUCAAAUGAUUUAUUAUUGCCAAAAUUCACUUUCCAUCUCCUCUACAAGAUAAACACAAAAAUUUAAUAAAGUAUUCUGCCAUAGAGUGAAAAGGAAUUUAACAUACUCGGCCAGCUUAAAAUGUUUUGGUAGAAAUCCUGCUUAUAGCAGCUCUGAUGAAGAGUCAUCUAGACGCGAAACAUUAGCUUGCUUUCUCUCCAUGAGUGCUGGCUGACCUGCCGUGAUAUCCAGCACUUCUUGUUUUCAGUUCAGAUUCUGGCAACUGCAGUAAUUUGCUCCUCUCAGACCUUUUACAUUGACUUGGCUGACAUCUCAUCUGGAAGUCAACACCUCUGCUGGUGCGGCAGUCCCUCAGUACUGCACUAAAAUUUCAGCUUUGUGUCAGUAAUGCGGCUUGAAAUCAUAAACCUGAACUUUGGACAAGAGUGCUAACUUUGUGCCAGCGUUGCAGCAAAGCUUGCAAAGCAUGGGUUAAAUGAGUGGUGGGUUAUCUCUGGGUGAUCAUUAGUUUUCUUCACUCAUUAGGCCAUUUUUACUGGUAUCGAUCUCUCUUGGGUAUUGUAUCUUCAAUCAUUUUACUGAUGGAAUGCUCCUGUAUUUGGAUGUAACAUUUUUAAUAUCAGAAUAAGGAGGCACAUUAUAAAAUCCUGCUGGCACAACUUUGAAACUUUUGGUUUCAAGGGGGAAAUAGCCUUUAAAAUGGUGUUUAGUGCAAAACAUGCUGAAUUCUGAAACAAAUUUAAGGAAUACUUGAGACUGGGCUUUGCUACUGCAUCACUGUGAGGCAGCAGAAUUAAUUUAGCUGUAAUUCCAAAACAAGGGAACUAAGGAAAUUAUUACAUUUAAAUCCUAACUAGAUCAAACCCAAGUUAUGGACAUGAUGGAACCUUUUUAUCUUAUUUUUGAAAAAAUCCUUCAAAUCUGAGGAAGGGCCGAUUGAGAGCUUGUCUUCUGCUAUCAGCUGGGACAACCACUCCCCAGCCCCAUCCUCAUAUGAAGUUAAAUAUACGGUUUUGCAUUACAGAUUAUUUUAAAAAUAAUUAAUAAAAUGACAGAUAUUUCCAGAA